AUGGAGGACGAAUUACAAUUAGAAUUAAUCGAAGAAUGUAAUGUUUUGCAUCGUGAAUUGAAUGAUUUAAUGACCAAUGAUUUCGAUCGUGUUCUUGUCGAAACAACUGAAAUUCUUAAAACUUCCAUUCGUUUAUUAAAACGUUCAGAUGAUCCAACAGAAGAAACAACUGCUAAACCCGUUCUACUAUCAUUAACUCAUCCUCAGAAUAGCGAAAUAUUAAAAUGUACUGUUACAUUAUUGGGAUCAGAUAUUACGGCAGCUGAUGUUGUUUACAAAGCAGGAACCAAAGUUCAACCACCUAUGAAUAAUGCAUUUCGAACUAGUAUAGCAACACAACAGAUGAAAUAUUGGUUUCUUCAACAAUUACAUGAAUGUCGACAACAUCUUGAACGUGCUUUUCAUUAUGUUGAAUUAACAGAUUUCGAACGUAAUAUUGAUCAAUUAUACAAAGCAAUUCAAUAUCUUGAUUUAAUUAUUGAUUGUAUUAAUAAUGCAAAAGAUAAUAUUUUAUUACCAAAGAAAAAACGUAUUGAUGAUUUAAGACGCAAUAAAAACACAUCUAUUUUUACACCAGCAAUACCAGAAAACAUUGCAUUUAGUUUUUAUAUCCAAGGUUCAAAAUUAUCGUUUGCUGUUUAUCAUACAAGUGUUCAUGGAAAAGCAAGUGGUUAUUUUAAACAUUAUAUUGAAGCAAAUGUUCCAACUCUUGCUGAUUUAUUAAAUCAAUUAUCUUAUAUGCUUUUACAAUUACAACAACUUCGAGAUAAAUUACGUAUUUUUGAUGAAUAUCAAAAUGGAUCCGAUUGGAAAUUAAUGGAAGAAAAACAAAAAAAAGACUCAAUUGGAGAUCUUAUGACAGCAUUUUAA